AAAUACUGGGGUCACAAGCAGAAACUGUUUGACAGGAAAUGUUAUUCAAUGUGUUUAUCCAUUCAGGAGUUUCCAGAAAGUGGGCGUACACAUUUUGCUCAAUAUAUAAUAAGUACUGACUCUCUCUUCUGAGUCGAUUACAGAAACUUCCACAACAGUUAGAAAAUCAUUAUUACACCUAAUAAAAGCAAUUUGGUGCAACUAAGUGAAGAGUGCGAGACUGAAGACCUGGAUCAGGAGAAGUUGAAGAAAUAGUUGGAAUAUGAUGGCUACUGUCAAUAGAUCUCAGAGUUCAGUGUGUUGGAUUGGAGCUUCUGCAUUGUGUCUGGGGCUUAUUCUGCUGACUGUGAUCCUGGUGUCACACAAUACCAAUACUAUCAGUCACUGGGACAAGAAAUAUGCAAACCUGAUUUAUGAGAUCACUAAAAGCAGAGACGAACUGACACAUGAGCGAGAUCAACUGAAGAUGUAUUCCAGCAAUCUGGCAGAAGAGAUGGAAGUUCUGCAGAGCCAAUACGACACUGUGGCUGCAAGUCGAGAUAAGUUACAAGAGGAGCUCAAUAGAUUAAAUCUCAACAGGACAGUGCUUUCUCCAGAUAAACCUUGCCGCCAAGGAUGGAUACAAUUCAACAACAAGUGCUACUAUCUCUCUGCUGCUAAAGAGAGUAAAACCUGGGAAGAAAGCAGAAAAGAUUGUCAAGAGAGAGAAGCGGACCUUGUGAUUAUAACCACAAAAGCUGAGCUGGAGUUUGUCAAGAGAAGUUCUAGCGUAACCUGGAUCGGCCUGUCUCGCGGGGAGCAACAAGAUGAGUGGAAGUGGGUGGAUGGAACUAACCUGGAAGGUGAAGGAUUCUGGGAAGAUGGGGAGCCAAAUAAUAAUGGUGGAAUCGAGGACUGUGUCGAGGUCGCGCGUUUCACAGCAGCAUGGAAUGACGCACCUUGUAAUAACACUUUUUCAUGGGUGUGUGAACAUUAAGGUCCUGUGGGCAGC